AUGGAAAAUUUAAUAAAAACUAAGAAACUUGAGACAAGAUUUUUUCUUAACUAGGCUAACAACCAGCCUAUUAAUGCAAACAUCAAUCAUAAUAAGCCAUCUACUUCUCAUUCAAAAAAUAAAGAGAGGAGGGAUAUUUUGAAUACCACGGCCCCAAUUAAUCUGCACAUGGGAUACAUGAAUCAAGGAAUAGGGCUUUCGGCAAAUAACACUAGUGCUACUCCAUCCUCCACUAAAAAUUCAUCAAUGAGGAAUUAAAAUUCUAACUUAAACCAAACGCAACAAAUCAAUUUGAAUAACACAACAGACAACUCUUUUGGAGGAACUAGCAAUGGAGGCGGCUUCUCAUUCUAUCCAUCUCGUUUAUCCCAUCAAAUGAACAAUAUGAAUGGAUCAGCUAUUCAUUCAUAGAAGCAUUAAUCAGCUGUAUAUUUCGUGCAAGGUAAAGCUCAGGGUUAAGGAACUUAGCAGAGACAUACUUCCCACGGAAAACGUAUUUAAAGUCAAAGUAGACAAAGUUAAAACGGUGGAAAUAACAUCAUAACUCAUGGCAGCUUAAUCAAUGGCUAGACACCUACCACCACUUCUGCUUCGAAUCAGCAGCAAGUCAUACUGAAUGGAUCAGGGAUAUCUACAACAAUGAAUAAUCAGUAAAAAUAUUACACCUAAAUGUUCAAUAGAUAAAAAUGGGCAAGAGGACUAGUCACUGAGGUCAACAGCAAGAAUAACUCACCAGCUGGUUCAUUCAGGACAAGUACAAAAACAUUUAACAUGAUGAAUAAUACAUAAAAUUUCCACCAGGAUGCUACAUUCAGAGUAAAGAAACAUAAAAAUAACAAACCAACCAAUUUCUCAGCGAACAAGACUCAAUCAAUUAUAAGCAAUCAAAAUGUCAACGCAAAUGGAUAAAAUAUGAAUCAAACUCUGGAUGAUCAGUAAUUUAAAUCAGGAGCAGAGACGAUGAAAAAGAAAAGAUCGCAAUAGCCAACUAUAAAUAUCAACAAUAACACAAAUAACCAAGGAAUAAAUAUAGUGCAAACAGAUGGUUAGGAUUAUGUAUAGUUUUUGGAAAAACAAAGAGGUAUAUUAUCAGAAGUAAAUAGCAAAACCGCAGGAGCUAGUAUUGUAAGUUAAAAUAGUGCUCAAUAAAAUGCAGUUAAAGGACAACCUAUUUAGAACAUAUCAAAUUAGUUCACAAUAAAUAACUUCUUCUUUUAGCCAUCAAGUCCAAAAGUCACCUAAGAUCAAAUUCAUAGCAAUCUUGAUAGAAAUAUUAAAACUGCAGGUGCCUCAAGAAGAGUAUCAUCCUAGGUCAAUUCUCCACCUGUUGGAACUUCUUAUGAUUUUAAUAAAAUAAAAAAAGACCUAGAUUCUGUCAGAUAAAGACAUGAGGAGGUCUAGCUUAAUAUGAUUAAAUAACAUAAAAGUAAUCCAAAUGGUGUAAACAUGGUGGACUAAUAACAUCAAGAGAAGAUCGCGAAUAAUGAUGAAAAAAAUGCAACUGGUUAAGGAACUAAAGAAAGUGAAAAUAUUAAGAAAAAUACAGAUGAAGUUCAAAAGUCAGAAGCAUAAUAAGAAGAGAUCAUUAUAUUUUCGGAAAAGCAUUCAUUAGAUGAUUAUGUAAUUGGAAAAUAAAUUGGUUAGGGAGCCUAUGCUACAGUACACAUUGGGAUGCACAAGAAAACAGGGAAGAAAGUUGCCCUUAAGAUCUAUGAAAAAGAGAAGAUGAAAGAAAUAUAGAGAAAGAAGUCAGUUCGAAGAGAGAUAAAGCUAAUGGAGAGAUUGAAUCACCCUCAUAUCGCUAAACUUUAUGAAGCAAUUGAGACGGAUGAUUAAGUAAUUCUCGUAAUGGAGUAUGUAAGUGGGGGAUCAACUCAUGGAUUCUUAAAAUCAAAGCCAAACAGAAGAAUGGAUGAGGAAGAUGCUCGAAGAAUAUAUAGAUAAGUUAUCAGUGCUCUUUAAUAUUGCCAUAGCAAGUGUGUAGCACAUAGAGAUAUCAAACUUGAAAAUGUCAUGCUGGAUUCUCGAGGCAAUGUCAAAAUAAUUGACUUUGGUUUUAGUACAUGCAUUCCUAAUGAUAAGAAAAUAAAAAUUUUCUGCGGUACUCCCUCAUAUAUGGCACCUGAAAUAGUGGCGAAAAAAGAAUUCUGUGGGCCCCCAGCAGAUAUCUGGGCUUCAGGAGUUCUCUUAUUUGCAUUCUUUUGUGGAUGCUUUCCUUUCAGAGGAUAAAAUGAUAAAGAACUUUACAAGAAAAUUAUGAAAGCAGAUCUCUUGGUACCAGAGCAUGUUCCAGCUGGUCCAAGAGCAAUACUAGUUAAAAUUUUAUAAGCUGAGGCAGAAAGGAGACCAUCAGCCGCUGAACUUUAUUGCGAUCCAUGGGUUUAAGGGAUAUCAAAUUAGACUGAUUAGAUAUUCGUCAAUAAAAAUAGAUCCUUCUCUACAAAACCAACUCAAAGCUCUAAUAAUCAAAGCAACGGAUCAAUGAUAAGUGUAAAUAAUCAGCUGAAUCAGACAUAAUACGUUGGAGCUGGUGGUGGGGCAGGAGCUGCUGAUCCUAAAAAUAACAAAGAAUAUUAGAGAUAAAAAGAAAGAAUAAGGAGCAGUUAAAACUAUUAGCAGCGAUAUAGCUCAGCAAACAAUCAUCCAAACAUAUAGUAGGUAAAUCAGGCAGCUGGUUUUAAUUAAACAGCUGUACUUUCUGAUAAAUAAAAGUAGAACCUUCAGUAAACCUAGGCCUAUAAUUCAGAGGCUUAUAAAGCAUACUAUAAUACAGCUGGGUCUCCUCAUGAUUCUAGAUCCCCUUCUGGCAGAGUAGCCACUGCUCCCCAUUAUCAGUAAUUCGUUGUCUAAUCUCCAAACAAUAGGUUAUUCUUCAAUUUUCAUCCUAAUUUCACGCCAUCAUAAGAAGGAGCAGCAGAGGGAUAUGCUAGUUUUCAAAGAUAAUAAAAGAAGGAUGGAGUCAUAGUUUAACAAACAAACCAAUUGAACAAUCCUAUUCAUCCAAGUUAUGUGCCGAGUAUCGUUUCAUCAUUUGCUACUUCUCCUAAAGGAAGUUAAAGUAAGCUUUUAAUUUGUAUUUCUUACAUUAUAAAGUUCAAAACAACUGGCUUUCCUCUGGAGUAGUGUUGA